CAGAAAGGGCGUGUCUGCCGCCAACGUCAAUCACCGGAAUCGGCUCCAAUGACGCCAGUCUGGAAACUGUUGCGCUGAGGCACACAUCGGCGCGUUUGUUUGGGGCCGCGCGCGCGCUUUCCCCCCGCGUCCACAUCGGCGGAACGCGUGCAGGUGUGUGUGUGUGUGACGGACGUCGUCAUGCUCUGAGGCUCCUUCCCAUGAUUCCUCAGCAGACCGCCCCAUGCCAGCCCGUAACCAUGACGACCACUCGCCCCCGUGAGCCGCUCCGUGGCCCGGCGGCCGUUUGACUGGAUGAGGACCCCGGCCUCCAGUGAUGUGAUGCACAGGUUUGAGGUUCUUGGGAUCGUGGGGGAAGGAGCGUACGGGGUCGUCCUGAAGUGCAGGCACAAGGAGACGAAUGAAAUCGUGGCCAUUAAGAAGUUUAAGGACAGUGAAGAAAAUGAGGAGGUGAAGGAGACGACGAUGCGUGAGCUGAAGAUGCUCCGCACGCUGAAGCAGGAGAACAUCGUGGAGCUGAAGGAGGCCUUUCGGCAGCGAGGCAAGCUGUACCUGGUGUUUGAGUACGUGGAGAAGAACAUGCUGGAGCUUCUGGAGGACAUGCCUAAUGGAGCUCCGCCGGAGAAGGUCCGGAUCUACAUCUACCAGCUGAUCAAAGCCAUCCACUGGUGCCACAAGAACAACAUCGUCCACAGAGAUAUCAAGCCGGAGAAUCUGCUCAUCGGCUAAGACGUGCUCAAACUGUGCGACUUCGGUUUUGCGCGGGAUCUCUCAGAAAGCACGGAUGCUAACUACACGGAGUAUGUGGCGACGAGGUGGUAUCGAUCCCCGGAGCUGCUGCUGGGGUGCGUGCACGGGAAGGCGGUGGACAUGUGGUCAGUGGGGUGUAUUCUGGGCGAGCUGAGCGACGGUCAGCCCUUGUUUCCGGGCGAGAGUGAGAUCGACCAGCUCUUCACCAUCCAGAAGGUCCUGGGCCCUCUGCCGCCCGAACAGAUGAAGCUCUUCUACAACAACCCUCGCUUCCACGGGCUGAGGUUUCCCUCGGUCAGCCACCCGCAGACUCUGGAGCGACAUUAUCUGGGAAUCAUCAGCCCAGUCCUACUGGACCUCAUGAAGAACCUGUUGUUGUUAAACCCGAAUGAGCGCUACCUGACUGAACAGAGUCUGAACCACCACGCCUUCCAGACGCAGCGCCUGACGGAGCGCCCCGGGCCGCUCACACCCACACCCGUCCGCUCCUCCAAGAGGAAACCACUCCUGGAUAACAGCGCCCCCAGCAGGGGUCAUGUGGUCAAGAGUUCAAGUCACCAUCGUUCAAACAGCCGCGACUGCUCCAGCCUGCCCCGUCACGGGCACGACGACCUCCUCCCAUCCAGCACCGAUGCGUUCCUGAACGGGUCGGUCCCGUCUGCCAACAGCCUGAGCCCCGUGAUGCACCCAAAAUCCUUUCAGCCGCUCAACCGCUCGGCAUCGUGCGGCAAAGACCUGGCCAGCCUGCAGCACGCCAAAGAGGCCAAAUCUAAGGCGGGCGAUUUUGACUUCGGCAAACCGGCGGACGGACCGGUGCCCAAGUACCUGAAAUCCAACACGCCUCGCUCACAGAACCGGCAUUCCUUUGUGGAGGGCAAGACCAGCACGCUGACGGGGGAGCGGGAGAAACAGAGCCGGCACGGUUACGGCGAGUCCGCCGCCUCAUCAUCUUCGGGCGGAAAGGGGUCGUCUUCGUACCUGAGUUUGUCCAAGAGUCACGGAGUGCUCAGCGACGCCAAAUCCGUGAGCAACCUCAGCGACAUGCGACUGCACCCGGACGACCCCGCCGGCUCUCCGCGCUACUUCCCCAGCAGCUGCUUGGACCUCAACAUGAACCUGAACUUGCCGGCACCGGGCAGUCCGUCCCUGCAACACGGGGAGCGCUCCGGACACAGUCCCGCAGUGGGGCGUCGCAGCAAACUGGAACGGGAUGGAAGCACGGCCGAGCCGUCCACCCGCCGCUCCUCAUCCAGGCAGAAGAAUGAGGGAAACCCCAUCGAUCCGCUCGACCCCAAAGGGGGACCGUCUCUUUCGGCGCCCCACGAGUUCCCCUAUGGUGUGGGCUACACCAGCCCGUUUUCCUCCCAGCAGAGGCCGCAUAGGCACUCCAUGUACGUGAGGAGGGAACGGGGGAGACCCCACGGGGGCGAGGCGGGCGGACUGGCAGUGGGGCAGGGGAUGCCCACGAGGGCCAGCAGUCUACAGCUCCUAACCCCUCAGCUCCAGCAUCGAACCCUGCCGAGGCACAUGGGCAGUGCCGUUUCGCGGGAUGCAGGGUUAGACGACAUCAGGAGUGACCCCGCGGCCGCCGAGGUCAGUCACACGCGACCUUUAAUCCGGGAGUCCACACGGGACAACACCGCCGCCUUUCACGCACCGCGGCAAAAGAGCGAGGGAGGCGUUUAUCACGAGCAGCUCACGGAUGACAGUGGAUCGGCUAAAGAGAACCGCAUGAUGUACAGCGACUCCGUGCCUCGGCGGGUCGGGAGCUUCUACAGGGUGCCGUCUCCCAGACCAGAUAACUCAUUUCACGAGAGCUCAGGAGUCACGAUGGACAGCAGCCACAACAUACACCAACCCACAUACGACCCCUGGACGGGGUCUGAGACACGGGACAUGAGUCCCCCAGAACCCACCAAAGAGAAGGAGAAACAAGGCUUCUUCAGAUCCAUCAAGAAAAAGAAGAAGAAGUCUCAAGCCACAGACGCUGAUGACGAGCGAAGGCCAGUCGUGAGGAAAGCUCUGUUUCCUCUCUUUCACUCUCAGAGGAGCUUCACGCACAGCUCCUCUGAGAGAGAGCGCCCCCUGGUGGCCACAGCAAUGGUGCCGAGCGAGGGGCCGGACCAGGUGCUGAUGCAGAAAGCGUCGCGCUCGUACACGCACCAGGGCAGCAGACAUCGCACCCGCAGCCGAGACCGAGAGCGCAGCCGCGACCGAGAGCGGGAACGAGACCAGGACCCGGAGCGGGACCCCGACUGGCCCGCCGAGAGAGCGGCCGAAACACACUCGCAGCCUCUAAAGUCUUUGCGGAAGCUGCUUCAUCUCACCUCCUCGUCCUCGUCCUCCAACCAGACCUCGGCAGACCUCCACUACCCCCUGCCCUCCUCCAAAGGCGGCGGGAGUUUCGCGGAGCCGCGCGGCCUCGGCUCCAUGCAGCCCAAGGGCCGCCGGCCCGCCGCGUACGGGGCCCCGGGGCCCUUGGAGUCCGGCUGGCACUCCAGCGCUCUGGGCCGCCCCGAGGGAAACCCGUACCCCGACCAGCUGACCUCCAAACCGGGCCCCAACGGUUUCGCUCGCCACUUUCGUUCGCGUUUGCCAAACCUGAAUGACCUUAAAGAGACGGCGCUGUGAGUCCGACUCGCGCCUGAUGGACCUUCUUUUCUCGCGAAUUAAGGGUAGGCCUAAAUGUCUUUAUUUUUGUCUUUUUUUUUGGGUUUGGUUUUUAAUAUUUGAUAGCACUUCUUAUAUUAUUUAUGUAAUGUAACUACUGUAUUUUUUGGUUUGGAUAAUACCGUCUACAAGCAGAUGAUAUAGCUCUAUGUAAAUGGGAAUAUAUGUAUAGCACUGUACGUGCAGCUUUAGUUUCUACUCUGGUUGUAGUAUAUAAAUAUCUGAUUCUGCAUAAUUAUUACUCUUAUAUUUGGCUAAAGGUUCAUGUAUAGACAGUAUUGACAUUUAUUUUAUAGUUCUAGAAUAAGACUACAGUAUAUAUAGAUAUUACAACUUUGUCUUUGAGUAUUUUCUGUUUACAAUUCAGUGAAUAUCAGUAGAUAUUAAGGUAAUUAAUGGUAAGAAUGUGCGUGUGCUUCCCAGAUAGCGCAUGCAUGUCUCUUAUUCAUGUAGAAAUUCAAUCAUGUUAAGACGCAACGGGGACGACGAACUCCAGCAAAUAAUCCCGAAUCGAGAACGGUCUCUCCCGCUCGCCGAAGCUGUAAUGGUUCGAUUAAAAACACGUCAAGCGCAGCAAAAUUGCGAAAUGUUUUUACGAUUUAAAAAAGCCGUUUUUACGCGAACGUCCAUUCGACUGUAAUUUAUUUUUGCGAUUCAAGUUUGAAUUACUCCGGUCUUCAGCGUCACGCGGCCCUUCAGAAAUCGUUCCAAUGAGCCGAAAGUGUUGAAAACGCAAAGGAUCCUGAAAAAUAGUGAUAUUAAUCAAUAAUAGAGCGGCAAAUGGGCAUCUUGUUAUGAUUUCUGAAGGAUCGCGUGACACUAAUGAUGCUGAAAAUUCACAGAAAUAAAUGACGGCAUUAACGUAGAAAACGGUUAUAUAAACUGUAAUAACAUUUUUACUCAUUUGAAUCCAAAUAAACAUUAAAAAUCACCACAAUUCCAGACUUUGGACACACAUUGUAUUCAUGGAGAUGGAGAAAGGUCCACAAAGCAUGCGUGCGCUAUCGGGGUUUCGCGUGAGUCUUUCGUUAGUCUUUGCAAACCACAGCCAGUGAAAUUUCUCAAGCCUUUUAAAUAACAACCGAAGCAAAAACGUCGACCAGAUCUGACCAAAUCAAACGAAGCGGUGUGGCUCCGCCUGCUGGCCGCCGAGAUCCACCGCAGCAAAAAAAAAAAAAACGAGAAGAAGAAGAAAAAAGAGAGAGUAUAUGAUGCCUUUUUUUAUUUUUAAAGCAAGGUUACUUUUUACUAUAUCUUAUCAGUCUUUGAUUCCCUCAGGUAUAGAGUUCUUUGAACGCUGCAAAUACAGUUUUACAUGCAAUAUCUGGAUAUAUCAGAUGUCGAAGCUCUUUAGAUCGUUUCUUGUUUCUGUUUAGGGAAAUAGAGCCAGUGUGUGUGUGUGUGUACACGAGGAGGAGAUAUAAUAAUAAUAAUAAUUUAUUAAAUUUAUGCAAUAUGUAAUUUCACACUCGCCAGAUAAUCUUCUAAAUAAAGCUCAAGGUUCCUGGAGGCGUAUUGUUUCCUCUCAGCUGGUUUUUACACCAAUGAAUCGUUUGUCAGUGGGGUACGCCGGAUCGCCUGGAAAACCCGGCUCGGUUACGCUUCACGUGUACGAGCUCUCCACCAAUCAUCUAGAUGAUUGAGAACAUUGAUCAGGAGCCGGUCAGUUGGCUGGGAUGGUAACGAGCUCAUUUAGGUAACCAUAAAACUGCCUGUUUUUAAAGAAGAAAAUGAAUGAAUAAAACCAAAUCAAAUCGAA